AUGACCUCUGAUAUAGGAUCUGGCUCUGAUCAUUCAGGUUCUCCCCCAACUCCUCUCUCCCCAGUGGAUGAGGUGUCAAACUCUCCUGUAGUGAGAGAGGGCUUAUUGCAUAGCCCUUCCCAUCACAGAAAGUGUGACUUCACAUCUCUGUCCUGUCAUGGGAAGCCUGGCCACACACCUGCAAUGAAAGAGAGCUUAUUGCAUAGCCCUUCCCCUCAUAAAUCACAUUGCAUGGCAUCUCCUUCCCAUAGAAAAUAUCACACUGUGUCUUCUCCUACGCCUGUUUCUCCAAUGAAACCCCACAACUCAUCCCUUCCCCUUCAUUCAUUUUCUCCUCCAGCUUCUCCCCUUCUUGGGAAGUUUACAUCUGCUUCUCCAUUGGAGCUCUGUAUCUCAGCUCGUGCAUUAGGGCAAGAAUGCCGACCAGAAUUCAUGGCUGAAGACAUUGCAGAGCAUGAGGAAUUGAUAAUGAAGGGCCUCAUGGCCAUGAACUUAUCGACUAUGUACAAAUUAUUCAAGGCAAGGCUUGCUGGCCAUGAAGCUGCACACCAAUGCCUCACAGUUACAGCAUGGGCAAUUCAAAAGGCAAAGCACUACUUAGAAUUUUCUGAGGCAUUCAAUGAGGAUAGCAAAAUGUGCUUCAAAUAUUCUGAUGAAGAAUUCCAAAGAGUUAGAGCCACUCUCACUGAGCAUCACCAUUCAGAGAUCAAGGACAAUGGGACCUACCUUCAAUCUGUAUAUGAUGAUGAGUGCAACACUCUUCAUGCAAUUGCUGCCCAGGCAGACACAAUGGGAAAAGUUCUGGGCCUGAACAUCAAGAACGACUUACUGUCAUCUAGGGGAGAAUCUUCUCAUUGCCCUCAAUUCACCGGCUCAGCUGAUCCCAGUGGUUCCCAUACAUCCUCCAAUUAG